AAUGUCUCUCGCUGGUUUCUUGGCAGCUCCUCCGUCGAUCAAACUUACGCUGAGAUUGUUGUUGUUCGUCAUGGAGAAACAUCUUGGAAUGCAGAGAGAAAGAUCCAGGGUCAUAUAGAUGUUGAGCUAAACGAUGCAGGAAGACAACAAGCAGUGAGAGUUGCUGAGAGGUUAUCAAAGGAGCCUAAGAUAUCUUAUGUCUACUCUUCUGACUUGAAGAGAGCCUUUGAGACUGCUCAGAUCAUUGCAGCUAGAUGUGGCAACCUUGAGGUACUUACUGAUCCUCACUUGCGGGAAAGACAUUUAGGAGAUAUGCAAGGUCUUGUGUAUCAAGAAGCUUCCAAGAUUCGCCCCAUAGCUUACAAGGCCUUUUUAUCUAACCGUACAGACGUUGAUAUUCCAGGUGGAGGAGAAAGUCUUGACAAACUAUAUGAUAGAUGUACAUCUGCAUUGCAGAGAAUCGGCGACAAACAUAAAGGUGAGAGAGUGGUGGUAGUGACUCAUGGAGGUGUGAUACGAUCUAUGUACGAAAGAGCUCGUCCAAAAGCACGAAACGUUGACAAGAUUCUCAAUACAUCAGUUAAUGUGUUCCGUUUAUUCGACGGAGACAAAUGGAGAAUCCAAGUUUGGGGAGAUGUGACUCAUUUGGACCAAACCGGUUUCUUAAAAUCCGGUUUUGGUGGUGACAGAACCUCUGGUUAAGACUCAGUUACUCUUUCUUUCCAUUGAUUUUUUUCUGUGAUAUAAGUUUGACUCCGUUAUGUAAUUGAGAUGACUGAUGAAAUAAUUGUUAUAAUCUUUGGAGAUUAAAUAGUUUCGUAAAAAUUUGUAUGUGAAAACAAAUGUAAUAAAUAUAAUAAAUAUAUCCAGUCAUAUGA